UUUUACUGCCACUAAAAAAUGUCUUGAUACAAGAAUGUUUUUUUUUUUCUUUUAAAGUUAAAACUUGGAAGAAAGCAGCAAAGUUUAAUAUCUCUUCAACCUAGAAGCGUAAAAGAGCACACGUACGAUCUGACAUACGUUCUUCUCUGAUGUGGGAUAUUGAAAUUCAAAUUAACCCCAAUCCUCUAUAAACAACUAACCCAUGAAAUAUUAAAAUGCUUACAAAACAACUGCACGUACACGCAAAGUGACAUAGCUUAUCCGUGUCCUUUUUGUUCUUUUAUGGAUGUUUAUUUAAAACGGUAUAACUUCCUUUUUAAAAUGGAUCUUGUUAUAAAACUUACUCAAUUUAUCUUUUGUUGUAGUAAAUAAAAUGUAAGAUUUUAAUAUAUUUGUGUACAUAUAAUGUUUACUCGCGCGAUAACGGUUCUUGUGGCCACAUUAUCAUAUUAAUUUACUAAAUUAGCUAAAUUUAGCCUUUGAUAAUAGAAAAUACAUCGAUAUUCGAACAAAUCGAAGUUGAAUAUUCCGAUAUUGGAGAAUUAAAACGAGAAUUUUGAAAUUGCGUUUUAUUCCAAAUGCUCCACGUAAAGCCUCGAAAAGCAACGGCAUGACGACGCCACGCGAAGUCAGGUAGAUCGGGUCACAUUUCUUCUUGACGGUCUAGAGAGGCCGGUUAGGCAAGCCGGACGAACGUGCAGCAGGAUCAUUCUCCUCGUUCCAGCAGGCGCGUUGAGCGCCUGUAUUAGAUGAGUGCCUGUCCAGCUGCAUAAUUCGAAGAUGAACUCGGUGGAAGAAGUGUAUGGUAGCGGAUGGGGAGCGUGGUGGAGAAAACAUUCGAUAGCCUUACAAGUUGGAACGACAAUUUCGUGCAAUAUCGCGUACUUUGCGGACGCCGGGCACACGCGCAAGGCCGCGACGCUUUCAGUCAUUUUGCUGGGUGGUGUUACUUUGUACUGUUUCUUGAGUCGUCGGCGGAAAAUAAAUGUGCGGGAUCUUAUCGUUAUAACCGGUUGUAAUUCUGGUUUGGGCUAUAGUUUAGCGAUGCACUGUCGUGCCAAGGGUGCAACGGUUUUGGCCGGAGUGCGCGAAAUAUCAUCAGUACCUAGAUCUAAUCCUGCCGUUGAAGCGUUGGAGAACAGAGGUGUCAUCGUUCACCGUCUCGAUAUCACAGAUGAAUUAUCCACUCGUGACUUUCGAGAUAAAAUUAAGAGCUUAUUGGAGGAACAGCAAUUAGUAUUGCGCGCGUUGGUGAAUAACGCGGGGGUGAUGACUCUCGGCGAAUUCGAGUGGCAAACGCAAAGUCUCGUGGAGCAUCAGAUAAACGUAAAUCUCUUGGGAACGAUGAGAAUUACACGAGAGCUAAUGCCAAUUUUACGGGAGAAUCGCAGCAGAAUUAUCACGGUAUCCAGUCACUGCGCCGACCAGCCAUUGCCGGGUAUUAGCGUCUAUGGAGCCACAAAGGCUGCCCUCCAGGCGUGGAACACCUCCCUUCGAGUGGAGGUCGGCAAAUAUGGAGUCGAAGUGGUCUCCUUUAUACCUGGUGGCUUUGUAUCACAAAGCAACAUCAUGAAACGACAACGGCAACACUUUGAGGAAAUGAGACGUCACAUGUCAGACGAGGCGAAGCAAUUUUAUGGCAACUAUUUUAAUCGAUACGCAGAGUAUUUUUCUCUGGUGUCGCCUACGGAAAACGAAAACAAUUUAAAGGUCCUAUCGGACCCGAGAAUCUAUGAAAUCUUCGACAAUGCACUUCUCAACAUCUAUCCUUCAGCGGUUUAUAGAUGUGAAUCGUGGCGAUACUUUUUUUACCGCAUCUUAUUCAAGAACACUCCGAUGUGGAUGCGUGAUCGGUUGGUACAACGUUUCGUCGUGGUACCGCCAUGGCAGACCAACGAGCAAUGAAUUAUCGUUAUUAUCUUAUUAAAUAGAAUUUUUUUUCUUUACUACAUUUGAUGUUUUUUUACAUUCUUUUUAUUUAAGAGAAAGCCAUUUUAAUCCCUUCAAGAGAAAUUGAUUAUAUACAUUUAUAACAUUAUACAUUUAUGAAGUAGAAGAGUAA